AUGGAAUUGCCUCCUCAAAUUAGAUUUAAAAUAUAUAGAUCUGUCUUAGAUUGCUUAAUACCUGAAGAAAAAAUAGAUUUCAAAUACCUUUUUUUAUGCAAGUUGUAUAUUUCUAAAACUUAUGUAAAUAAGAAAAAAUAAUGAUAGAAAAAUGAACAUUAUAUCAUACCAUCAAAUUUUAGGCUGAUUUUUUUGGAGAAAAAAAAUUAUUAGGUUUUUGAAAUUGAUCCUCCUAUUUUAUUUAGUGACAUUCCUUAAAAAUUCUUUGAUUAAUAGCGUUUACCUUUAAAUUAAAGAUAAGUUUAUACAUAUACGAAAAAUAAUAAAAAUAGCCCAUAAGAUUAAAAUUGUGUAAUAUUUAAAGAGUUUUGGUCACAUAUAAUCAUAGAAAUGGGGAAAGAUGAUAUUAAGAGAUUUUAAGCAUUUUUAUUAAAAUUACCGGAAUAACAUAGUAUACCAAAAUAAUUGAGAGAAUAGUAGAAUUUUCUAUAAAAUAAUUAAGAGAUAAAUGAUAAUUAUAAGAAUGAUAUAAUAAGAAAGAAAAUAAAGAUAGCUCAUUAAGAGUAAUUUUGGAAUCAUCAGAAACCAAUAAAAGAGAUGGAAAUGAAAUUAAUAAGUGAAUAUCAAUAAGCUUAUACAAAUAAUUUGGAUGCUGUAUUAUAAGAGUUAAUGACAUAUUGCAGUAUAUACAAAUUAAGUCCAAAUGAUAAAGUUAAAUAUACAGAAUAAAUACAAUUAAUAAAUGAUAUUAAACUGAAUACAGAAUAAGAUGAGAAUCCAUAUAUGAGAAAUCGACCUCCAAAAAAGAUCAAGAGUAGAGAAUUAAAUUAAGGAAAUAAAUAUGAAGAAGUAAAAAGCAUUUUAAAACAUAGUCUUAUAUUUAGUCAUUUAUAAAUAUAUAUGAAUAAUAAUUAAUUAAUAAAGAUUUAGGAAAAUAAUAUAUAAAGACAUUUGGAUUGAAAAUAAUCGAUGACCUUUCAAGUAAGUAUUAGUUAAAUAUAAAUUAGAACAAUAAAAUAUGAAUUUAGUAAAUGAUUACAAUUAUGAUGAAGGAGCUAUAGGUUAAUUAUUUAAAUUAAUAUAAAUAUAGCAAUUAGCGGGUCUAAAACAAUGUAGUAAGAUCCAAUAAAUGAAGAAGUGAUUUGUAAAAAUAUGUAUCAUAAUUAAGAUCAAAAAGCACAAGGAACCAUAAUAGACCCAUCAUUUGUUGGCUAAAUUGAAUUAGAAAAUGAUGGAGUUCAACUUGAUGAACAACCUAAAUCUAAAGUCAAGACAACUAAUAAAGUAGUCCCUCUUAUAGAGAAGUAAUAUCAAACUAAUUUUGAAUGGGAAAGAGAUCGCAAUUAUAUUCUUCAAUAGAUUAAUACAUUCGAUUUUGACAAAAAAUUUAAUAGUAAUUUUAAUCAUAAUAUUAUAAAAAGAGGUUGACAUCUAUUCAGCAAUCAAAGAAGACUAUAAAUUGAGUUUCAAGAUUUCUAGUAGUGCUAUUAGAAGAUAAGAAGAGAGAGAAAAAGAAUUUUAUGCAGAAGUCAGAAAAGUUUAUUCUAAUGUGAGAAGAUUACUCUAAUAUUUGUUUGAAGGAUUAGAAUAGAAAAAAAGUGAAUAAGUUAUUAAAGAGUAUACUGAAACUCUGAAAGAAGAAAUCAAAGUUAUUAGAAAUAAAAUUAAUUAACUUUAAGCAUCUGCUUCAGAUAGAGAUAAGUUUAAAAGCAUCCUAUAUGAAGAUUUAUAAAAAUAAAUUGAAAAGGCUAUUAAUGAGACGAUCUGAUAAUGGCAUUAAUGAAACAAUCUAUUUAUGAACAAU